AUGUCCUCCAGGAAUGAAGUGAACACCCCGUCAGACGAGCCACAGAGACGUGCCCGUCGCCCGUCUGCGAAACAGCGAGAGCUAGAUGAGGCCGAAGAAGCAACGCAGAGCCGCAAAGCACAGAAGCGAGCUGCCGAGACCUCCGAUGGCAGAACGCCUGCGGCGAAGUCAGGCAAGAAGGCUCGGGUGUCCCAUGUUGACGAGACUCCAACUUUCGCCACACAGACUGUCACCAGCUCGAAGCCAAAGUCGGUGCCAUUCAAACAUCUUACGAAACGUGUCAACAAGGUUCCACCACCCACGACUGCAAAGAAUGCAAAGACUACUAACUAUCAGCAUUCUGAGCCUCGUCAGGCUCCUCCUCAGAACGCUGCAUCGAGACGUUCUGAGCCGCGAUCGGUGACUCCCGGACCUCGGAGGGACACGCCUCGGUCAGGACACAACUCAGCACGUCCUCGCAACACCGCACGUGUUCUUGACUCAAGCGAUGAUGAAGGCCAUGACGAAGAUCACGUUCCACGCAGGUCCGCGGUCGAUCCAAGUGGCGAUGCUGAUGCAGUCGACGAUGAUGCCGCUCAGCACUAUCAAGAUGACGGUGACGCGAACUUCGAUCAGGAACUUGAAUAUGAAGAACCUGUUCAGUCUUCUCCACCCCGCCGUCAAAGCCACUCUCAAGAGAGAUUCGCGAGUGAUGACGAGUCACCGGAUGCUGAACAGCAGAUACCUGAAGACGCCUCAGGUUCAGAUGCCGAAGGUGGCGAUGGGAAUGACUCGGAUGCAAUGGAUGCUGUACAUUGUCCUGAACUCAUUCACACGCCUUCUCGGCGCGGACCUCGUGCUAAGGACUACGAUGAGGAUGUACAGGACGUCCUCGACAUCGCUAAUUCAUUGUUCAGAUGCAGAAUUUCCACUGUCAAUGCUUUUCCAUCCGACUCACUUCAAGACGAAUGGGCACAACAGUGCUGGGGCGAAGCAUGUAGGAAGCUCGACAUCAAAUAUGCGGCGAACCGGGCCAUGAUAAAGAUAGUCACUGCGCGUGGCUCACAGCUCCGCGGCGAGCUCAAGAAUAAGGUAAAGCCGCUUGUCGAGAGUCUUUAUGGCUUCGACAGUUCCUCUGCGAGGAGAGCCAUGCGCAAGAAUCGUGAUAGAGCAACUGCUCUGACACAUGAGUCGGCUUUUGCAUAUGAGGAUCCAGCCCUUAACCAGCCUGAAGGCACAUAUGCCGAGCGGAAAGGCAUAUAUCGCCAUCCGAUUAUACAGAAGGCGAUAAACGCGACAUGGUUUGCGAACAGGGCUGACGAAGGCAUCAUCUUUCGGCAAUUUUUUGAGCCAGCAAUCUCAAUUGAGACGAUUGCACUCGUGCUCACAGCGGUUCAUUGCUGCAUCAACGAGUGGGGACCAGGGAGGCGGACAUCGGUAGACUUCACCGAGAACGACUACAAGACAGUGUACCUGUCCCACAGGGAUAAUCUUCGGGCUUUCGACGAGCUGGGCGAUGACGCGCACCUCGUGCUGCUCAAGCUCCGCAAGAGGCUUUAUGCCGAAGCUAGGUUCCACUCUGGAGCCGAAGACAUUGAUCGCUCCUUCAAUACCCUCUCGCGCGACGCCUUGUCACAUGCACUCCAGGAAGCCUUGUUGGCAUCUGCUGGCGACGACAAUGAAGAUGCCGAUGGCACAUAG